UUAUCGAGUGAGACCACAGCCAGCUGCAGUUCUGCAUGGCCAGACAGUUGUCCUGAGAUGUGCCUUUGACCAACUCGCUGAGGAAGACGAUGUCAUAUGGGAUGGACCUGAUUUCAAAGUGAUAUCGUACGGCAGUAAAGUGUUACGGGUUUAUAACCGACAUCACAUAAUGGGAGACGCUGCAAGGGGAGAAUUCAACCUGGAGAUCAGGCAGGCACAACUGGAGGAUGACGGGAAAUACAGCUGCUACACAGACCCCAAAGCAGCAGCAAGCGCCCUCCUGACAGUCGUUGUUCCGAUGCCGACGCCUCCAACUAUAACGGGCGGGGAGCUGAUGGUCACGGCAGGUGAACAGCUGUCCCUCACCUGCCGAGCGUCAGGUGGGCAUCCUGCAGCUCGGCUUACCUGGCUGAAUGGGACGCGUUCGUUAAGCACUGCCAGUGUCUCCGCGGCCAUGGAAGAAGACCAAACCCUGGAACUGUUUCUCCCCCGUCUGACGAAAUGGGACAACGGCGCCAACUUUACCUGCCUGGCCGACCAGGGAUUCCCCCAACUCGCCAAUCCGAAAGCCACGUCUAGGAUUUUAAGAGUCAAAUACCCCCCGCAGGUGCAGGUGCCCAGCCCGUCCGUCCACGUGCGAGAAGGCGAGCCGGCCAGUCUCAGCUGUAUGGUGGACAGCAACCCCAUAGCUACAGUCAAGUGGCGGAAGGUCGGAGGCAGUCUCCCGUCCCUGAAGAUUCCGAGGGAGCACGUUCUACAUCUUCCAAAGGUGUCCAAACAGGACAGUGGAAUGUACCAAUGUGAGGCCGAUAAUAGGGUUCCACCUCUUGGACUAGGCACUGUCAAUCUGCAAGUAUACUAUGGUCCGAUAAUGGACUCCACGAUGGAGGAGGAGGUGACGAUGCUGUACGGCCAGGAUGAUCAGUCUCUCCAGUGCAUCGCUGCCGGAAACCCCAAACCUCACAUCCGCUGGCGGCGGAAGGAUACAAGUCUGUACUGGGACAAUCCGCUCCGGUUCCACCGGGUGCGUUACGACGUGCAGGGCACGUAUCAAUGCGUGGCUGCCAGCGACGGUUUCCAGGAAGUCACCAAGGACGUUUUCAUCGACGUCGUGGGUAAACCAUCCAUUGGGAACGGUCCCACUACCAUUGCAGUGGCGGGUGGAGGUACCGCGAGACUUCACUGCGAGAUUCUCGGGGACCCGUUACCCGGCAGGGUGACUUGGUUCUGGCGGAACAACAAAGGACUGGAGAAUGUUGUCAUGGCGACAGACUACGGGUUAUCAAUCAUCGAGAAACCGACAAAAGACGGGACUUCCAGUACUCUCCUGGUGAAGGAUGUCGGGAUAUCUGCAGAAGGGACGUACAUCUGUCAGGCCUCCAACAUGUUCGGGGAGGCGCGGAGGGAGAUCCGGCUGGAGAUGACAGACACUCCAGGAUCUCUUGUUGUCAUCAGUGUCUCCAUAGCAACGGCUGUGCUGGGGAUUUUGGGAGCAGUUAUGGUCUGUGUAGCUGUGAAGAAAGGGUGGAUCUGUGGGAAACAGAAACACGACACAUCUACAGUGUCCUCUACACGCCCCGUCCCUCCUGUCGCGAAAAGACUGGGACAUGGCACGAACGACUCCGGUGUGGAGGACAAAGAACUCCUAAAUACAAACGUUCUAGUUAUGCUAGGAUAG